GGCGGGGGCGGGGCCGGCGUGGCGGGGCGGGGCCGCGCAGCGCCAUGGAGGCGGCCGGGCCCUUCCGCGCCAGCGAGCACCAGCACACUCGCUACAACCCGCUGCGGGCCGACUGGGUGCUGGUGUCGGCCCACCGCGUGCGGCGGCCCUGGCAGGGGCAGGUGGAGGAGCCGCCCGCCGAGGACGUGCCCCCCUGGGACCCCAACAACCCCCUGUGCCCUGGCGCCAGGCGGGCCAAUGGCGAGGUGAACCCCCCGUACGAGAGCACCUUCGUCUUCCCCAACGACUUCCCUGCCCUGCAGCCGGACGCCCCUGAGCCGGGCGGCAGCGACCACCCCUUGUUCCGCGCGGCGGCUGCCCGGGGCGCGUGCAAGGUGAUGUGCUUCCACCCGCGGUCGGACCUGACGCUGCCCCUCAUGUCUGCGGCCGAGGUCCGGGCCGUCGUGGACAAGUGGGCCGAGCUGGCGGCCGAGCUGGGCGCUGCCUACCCCUGGGUGCAGAUCUUCGAGAACAAGGGAGCCAUGAUGGGCUGCUCCAACCCGCACCCCCACUGCCAGAUCUGGGCCAGCAGCUUCCUCCCGAAUGAGGCCCAGCUGGAAGAGCGGACCCAGCGGGAGUACCUGAGCCAGCACGGCGUGCCCAUGCUGCUGGAGUACGCCGAGCAGGAGGCCCGCAGGAAGGAGCGGCUGGUGGUGGAGAACGCGGACUGGCUGGUCGUGGUGCCCUACUGGGCCACGUGGCCUUUCCAGACCCUGCUGCUGCCUCGCCGUCACGUCUGCCGCCUGCAGGACCUCCGCGAGGGCGAGAGGGACAGCCUGGCGUCCAUCAUGCAGAGGCUUCUCAUCAAGUAUGACAACCUCUUCGAAGUCUCCUUCCCCUACUCCAUGGGCUGGCACGGAGCCCCCACGGGCCCUUACCUGGAGGAGGACUGUGGGCACUGGCAGCUCCAUGCCCACUAUUACCCACCCCUGCUCCGCUCUGCCACUGUCCGCAAGUUCAUGGUCGGCUAUGAGAUGCUCGCCCAGGCACAGAGAGACCUCACGCCGGAGCAGGCUGCUGAGCGCCUGAGGAACCUCCCCGAGGUGCACUACAAGCACAGGCCCAAGGAGGCAUCGUGAGGAGCGGCAGUGGAGUUGGCCCUUGGCUUUGCUUGGCAGGGCCAGGACGAGGAGUCACUGGAUGGCGGGGAGAGCUAGGCUGAGGCCUGUCUCACGUCACUUGUGAGCCCUCUCGUUUCCUUCCUUCUCCUGAGCCUUGUCACAGCUGGGCCUGGCUUGUGGGCCAGUUUUGCCUGCUGGUGUACAGGUAACCCCGGUCCUAAUCCUGCUGCAUCCAUGUGCAGGUGAUACUAUUCCCGCUGUCUCCUUCCUCAUCCCACGUUGUGUCUUCCUUCCUCCAUAGAGUGCUGUUAUCAGCACUGAAGGGCUUACCCUCCUCCCAAACCAGUCUCUUACUGGUGGAGCUGGGAAUGAUGCUGGUGGGUUUGCCCGCCCCAAGGAAGGGCACAGCCCCUCUGUCCAAUAAAACCCUUAAGCAAAGCGCGUCUGCCUGCGGCCUGGUGGCUCUUGGCCCCAGAUGGGAGGGUACGGGUGUGUGCAGGGGUCUCUUCCGUAACUGCUGCGGGGCUAAUAACCUUGGGGACUGCAAAGGAGGUGCCAGGUAGUCCUGUGCCACCUGCUGCUGUCUGUGGCUCUGCAUUGCCUCCUCUUCCUCCCUGGAGGGAGCUCUGAGCCUGUCCCUGAGAGCUGCAGGCUCAGGAAGGAGCUGACAGCACAGAGGUGUUUGUGCCGCUCAAGAUUUACCCAUGCCCUCCUAGGAGGGGGCUGAGGCCUGGCAAACUUGCUGCAUGGAGACUCCUGGCUGUGGCUCCCUGGCCGCAGGCAGAGGCUGAGCGCGCAGAGCCUCUGCUCCAGGGCAGGACUGAGCCACGGCGCUGCUCCUCUUCCUCCACUCUGCUUGGGGCCGUGGCUGCCCUCCUGCCCGCUGCACACCAGCAGGUACCGGGGUGCUCUACGGGGCUGCGUGUGCUGAUGGGAUGCAGCGAGGGGCUGGAUUUUUGGUGAAGCUGAGCCCAAAGGGGAUGCGGGUGGGUCCGGCUGAGCUCACCGUGCUGCCAGCCCCUCCGUGCCCACCCUGUGGGGCUGGGGGAGCAACAGCCUGGCCUCCGGGCUGGAGGGAUGCUGCAAACAGCUCUGUGGUCUCUGCUUCCCCCUUGCAGCCCCUUCCCCUUGCUCCUGGGGCUGGGGAAAACCCAGGGACCUUGCAGGGGUCGGUCCCGGGCAGUGAUGCAGGGCUGGCACUGGGGCCGAUUUGGAGGGUGCAGGUCGGGGUGUGCCCCGAUGGGGAUGUUCAUCGCGUGGUGCUGGGUGCUAAGCACUGUCUGCUGUCGUGUUCUAAGGCAAUUUUUUUUUAAUUGUCACCAAAGAUCCAUUCUCUUAGCUCCCUAACGAGGCCUGUAUUAUUGUGAAGUCUGUAAUUGGUCUCCUGGGGGCUAGAAAUAUCUUGCAAGGAGGUGAAUGUUCUCCUCCGGACUGAUUUGCUACCUGCUAAACAACAAUUUCUGGCAAGUGCUGCUUCACCCUCCCCAGGUCCGUGCAUUGCUCCUGUAUCACUGCCCUGCCGGGACAGUGUGCGGCUCCAGGGGAGCUCGGAGCCGGGCUGGAGGUGGGUGCUGAGCCCCCUCCUCCCAUGCUUCACCCCAUCACAGAGCCAGUCUCAUCACCCAGGCUCAGGCCUCCACCUGGGCUGCAGGUGUCCGAGUGCUCUCCCAGCAUCGCCGGGAAGCUGCGGUCCCACGCGAUGGCGGUGGGCAGCAGUGCGUGGACCUGCGUAGCUCAUGGGGUGACCUUCAAGCUUGGAGCCAUCGUUCAGCAUGGGGACAGGAGGAAGGGAGAUGCCCCAGCUCAGAGCCAGGCCUUUUGCAAACUUUUUUAUUGUUUCCCGGGACAGCCAGUGCCUGUGCAGCGUUUGGGUGCUGGGAAGCGAAGGGAUGCGGCACGGCUCUGCCACCGUCUCGUUUGCAGUCGCCGUCCCUUCGUGAGCACAUUUGCGACAACCCAGCUUCAGAUUUGCCUGGCUUUCCCCAGGGCCUGGAAAAGCGGCAGCGAAUUGGCUUAAAUAUGUGAAUCCAGAUUGGGGUAAUUAACCACUGAACCGGUUGUAACGAAGCUAGUCAUCUUUCCCUGCACGCAUAGUUAGCUCUGAUUUAAUAGGCCACCGGCUCCGUGCCUGGUCCGCAUCGCGUCAGCCCAGAGCCGUAAAUGAAACUUGCAAUAAGUCAAGCGGUAUUAAACUUUACAGUUGCCGUCUUUAAAAACAAGACACUUUCUCUAAUAAAUCAGAACAAGUGGGAUUGUAAAUAUCAAGGCAGGAUCCAUAUUGCUUAAUUAAACAGUGCCUAAUGAA